AUUCCACUUGUUUGCUGGCAGAUCCAAAACGGCAUUUUUGAAUGCGUCAACUGCUUCUUCUGGUGACUGCAACCUUUGACCACGUAGUCUGUUUUUAAUUUUCGGGAAAGUAAAGAAAUCGUUAGGACUUAGAUCGGAACUAUAUGGAAGAUGGUGCAAUAAUUCCACGUUUUCUUCCGUUAAAUACAGCCUUGUUUUUGUACUGUGUGCGAGCUUGCAUUGUCUUGGUGGAGGAUGAUUCUUCUUUCGGGGUUGAUUUUUCGAAGCUCGACUGUCGUUUAUUUUCUGGUUCAUAACAGUAA